AUGAGCAGUGAUGUCGCAGCUGCUCCUCUCUCAUCGAGUGACCUGACCACCUCCGAGUCCAUCUCACCCAGCGCGCACUUCCAGUGCACCCCACCCGGCAUAGAAUAUGUGCAGUACUCGCUCGAGAAGGAAGCCGAAUACCUCCCUCAGAUCCGCGAGCUGAUCUCCAAAGACCUCUCGGAACCCUACAGCAUCUAUGUCUACCGAUACUUCCUCUACCAAUGGGCCGAGCUGUGCUUUAUGGCGGUCGACACCACGGAUAACAACAAGCUCGCGGCCGUCGUCAUUUGCAAGCUGGAAUCACAUCGAGGUGGACCCUUGAGGGGUUAUAUUGCCAUGCUGGCCACCAAUGAGGCGUUUCGAGGAAAAGGACUCGCCACGACGUUGGUCAGUAAAGCGAUUGAUCUGAUGAUCGAGAAAGACGCCGAUGAGAUCGCACUCGAAACCGAGGAAACCAACACGGCGGCGAUGAAGCUGUAUGAAAGACUGGGCUUUCUGAGGAGCAAAAAGCUGCACCGGUAUUAUCUCAAUGGCAGCAGCGCGUACAGAUUGUUGUUAUAUUUGAAGCAAGGGGUGGGCGGUAUUCCGACCGAUUACGAUCCCUACAACGAUCUUCCACCUAGUGCGCAGGACGAUCCAAGAUAUCAAGGUCAAGACCAGCGUCAAGAUCCUCAAGAUAUUUUCAGUCGCGGCAUAAUAUGA